AUGCCACCCACACCAAAAGAGAUGAGCGACAACAUUGACCAGACCAUUGACAGCCUGAAUACACAAUGGGAUCUCAGACUUCCCAAGCUCCGUGGUGGGGAAGAUCCUCCCGCCGAUGAGUCGGAACGUCUGGCUGGCAAAUGCUCGAAGCUAAUCAGAUUCCUCUGUUUCAAGACAACUACCACGAAAACAGCUCUGGACAAGUUCAAGGAGCGCGCACGGACAAUUCACUCUCAAUGGGUUUUCAAGCCCUUACAAGAACCAGGCACCUUACCUGUGCUGCCCGUGGUCAAAAGUCUCGUUGCUCGCAAGGCUGGCCCGGUCCGUUUGAGCGAUUCCCAGCGAUGCGCACUUCUAGAACUUCUAUACGCCAUAUUGAAGGGAGCAAAAGAGGACUACGAGUUGGCAAAACUCUCGGAUGCGUUCUCAACCGAGCCAGCUACUACAUCGACCGCGGGGUUUGCGACCGCUCCGACAACCCCAGUUAAAGAAGCACCGCCAUGGGGGCAAGACUACUUCUCAACCCCACCACGCGAGAUCCAGCAGCAAUCUGAGGCUCAGGAGACUGAGUUGGAUGAGCCACACUUGAAACACCCUAUCUCAAUAUCUUCAAAGCGCACAUUGGCCUCUCCUAAUGGGGUCAGUCCUAUCCCUGAACUUCAGAUUCCGUCUGCUCACUUUUCGCCACAGCAAAACAAGCGACAGCAAACUCUCUCAGAGUUCCGACAAUUCAGACAUAUCUCAGAGCCUCGUCUAGAAACCCGCACAGACCGACCUCCUGAUCCCAUCAGCUUUGAGACUGCGGUUUCUCCUGACGCGUCAUCCGUUUUCUCGAGUGCCGAUGAAGGGAACGGAGGGCAAAUAUCGAAUGACACAUCCAUGGUCAGCUCGCAGGCUGAAGAGUCACAAAACUUAUUUCCAACUCAAGAUUACAAUGAGAUAUUCAAUGAUGACCAAUUCUCCACUUCCUUCAGUGAAUUGAGCAAGGCUGCCAGCCCGUUCGACCCAACCAGUCUCGAAGUCAAUGGCCCCUUUAAAAUACAAGCAAUGCUACCGCCACAUGUCCCGUUUUGGUAUUGUUGGGAAUUGCACCGACUUGCGCCCUUGUUUGGCCUGAAACCAAUCGACCUAUACCAGAAGAUUGGAGAAACCAACAAGAUAUCUACCAUGUCUGGUGAAGAUUUCUGGGCUACAGUUAAGGAGCUUUGUCGUGCAAAGGCUGUGCAACCACUACCUCAGAAAUCAAACCUACCUCGGUGGAUUACGCAAGAAAGCAACUACACGGAUAUAAGAACGAACAGCGUCGCCCAUUUCACCGGCACCUUGCAAUGGAAUGAAGACGGUUCCCAGAGCCUACUUCAGCUUCGACUGAAUGCCGUUCAGCUGGUGCAAUCAAGCCGCUUCCAUCGAAAAUUUGGUGCUGACAGAUUCCUUGCUCUUGACGGUCCCGCUUUUAGGAUUCCGGACAAACUUCGAGCACUCAGCUCGAAGACUGCACCAGUGUAUGACAAGAUCAUUGAUCUUCUGGCGUCAAAUUCGCAUUUCAUUGCAGGACGCUAUUGGAGAGUAUGCUUUGUCGAAGAGUUGAAGUCUAAAGCACGGCGCAAUAAGGCGUCAUCGCGGCAUUCAAGAUUCAUCCUCUUCGCAGAGACCGGGUUCGACAUUGUGCCACGACCUCUCUUGAAACUCAAUGUGCCGGACCUCAAGGCUGACGGUCAACACCGCACUAUUAUGCGACAACAAGUGAUGCAGUGGCAUAUGCCCCUCGAUGCGAACUCUGGUUCGAAGGAUCUUAAACUGUUCUCCAGAUGGAGCAUUGGAUUCUCGAGGACGACUCCUACGGUAGAGCUGAAACGGCAUGAGUUUUUACACAAACAUGACGAGCUUGGUGACAUGCCUCUUGACGGUUCAGACAGCAAAGUGAUGAAUGAUGGCUGCGCUUUAAUGUCUUACCCACUCGCCAAAGCGAUUUGGGCAGCGUACGGCGGCGAAGGCGAGCCACCUUCUGCUGUCCAAGGACGCAUCUCAGGUGGUAAGGGUUUAUGGUUAGUGGAUUACCAAAACAUGCACGCCGAUGUCAGCGACAGAGGCUACUGGAUAGAAGUAUCCGAGUCUCAAUUGAAGGUCAAACCACAUCCACGCGACCGCGAUGAUGCAGAUUCGGACCCAACCUUGCGAACGUUUGAGGUGUUGAAAUAUGCCAGCGAAUGCAAGCAAGCACAUUUGAAUAUCCAACUCAUCACCAUCCUCGAAGACAGGGGGAUUCCACCCUCCAUACUGCGAGACAAAUUGCAGUCGGAUGUUCAAUCGUUCUCGGCGUCUCUCACAGACGCUAUGAAAAAUCCGAAACAGCUUCGUCUCUGGAUGCAAGAGCAUACACAUACAUCCCGCGUUACGGCUCGGAGCUACUUGGGCUCGUUCCCGUCCAAGAACAACGAGCAGAUAAAAGUCCUAUUGGAGUCUGGCUUUCAUCCGCAAAUGUGCAAGAAGCUCAUCACCAAUGCUUAUCGUCUACUCAGCGAUUACAUGACCAAUUAUACGGACAAGAUGCGGAUUCAGAUACCCCAUUCUACGGCAGUCUUCUGUGCACCGGAUCCAUUAGGCGUGCUUGCACCUGGGGAAGUGUAUCUGGGUUCUUCGAACCCUAUUAUACAUCCCGUCACCGAGAUCAGAGAAACCACGCUCGAAGGUCUUGAACUCCUUGUUGCUCGAAAUCCAGCACAUCUGGCAUCCGACAUGCAAAAAUGCACAGCUGUCUAUAAACAUGAGCUGCGUCACUACAAGAAUGUUAUUCUGUUCUCACAGAAAGGUGCUGUCCCUCUCGCCUCACUGCUAUCUGGCGGCGAUUACGAUGGAGAUGUGGUAACAUGUAUCUGGGACCCAGAGAUUGUUCGACAUUUUCGCAACGCCGAGAUGCCACAAAUGCCGAAAGAGAUUGAGUGUGGUAUGGUUCAGCGCUCAGAACUAUUAUCAGUCAUGUUCAAAAAAGGACGCCCACUCGAUGAAAAUUUUGAGACCUAUUUCCGCAAAUGUAUUGCUUUCAACGCGCAGCCCAACUUGCUAGGCUCGUGCUCGUCAGAACAUGAAAAGUUAGUUUAUGCCCUCAGUCAAACACGAGAAACCAACAAACUAUCCCACCCUGGUGCCGUGAAACUGGCAGCGCUGGCAGGUUUCCUGGUCGAUAGCACCAAGCAGGGUUGGGACCUUCCGGAGAAAGAGUGGCACAAAAUCCGCAUGAAAUCGAGUGGCUCCAGCAGCUUACAAGAGCCUGCCUAUAAAGCCGGAAGCUCGAGGAAGCGAGACGAGCUCUUGAACAUAAUUGACUACCUCAGGUUCGACGUUGCCGAGACCUUGAAAGAAAAGGCGCUACGAAAGUUCGCGAGGCUAAGAGACGCUGGAAAGGUACUCAACUACGAUAGGGAUCUAAGCCAACAUUGGCUUUACUGGUCAUCUCCGAUAGAAAAGCAUAGGACAGAGACGAGACAAGCAGCUCGGUUUCGGGUUGGACAGCACACUUCUGAUGCUACGACAGGAUUAUCGGGCCGACAGAUCAAAGGGCCAGAUGCUGUAGACUUGGAGAUGCUUACUGACUUGUUGGAGGGUAAGCAAGGUCUUCUUGAACAAAUCAAAGAGGUGGACGCAAUAUGGGCAAGGCUGAACCUCCAGAUUGAACCGACUCCCGACGAAGCUAGAGACUGGGAGAAGUAUCGCCUUGCGAUUGAAACGGUGCAUGAGAAGUUCCGAGCCAUCCAACCGAAACGAAUGGAUCAUGAGCUUGGUCGUCGCUGGAAGGCAGAACAGGACCAACCAUUAUCCGACUGGGCUCUCCUCAAAGCAUCGUGCCUCCAUAAGACGGUCUGCUCAAGAGGAAUUUCCCCAGAAUGGGUGUGGUAUGUCGCCGGACGAGAGUUCUGUUACUUGAAGGCACUGCGACACGCAGGUGGUAUCAGAAUCGUUGUUUCGGAGAUUCAUGACUUUUACAAGGUGGACACAAAGUAUGCUAGAGCCUUGUUGGAAGGCUCACUUGACGAUCGAGGUGACGAGGAGAAUGCCGUUGAUGAAGAGAACUUGAUGGAUGACGAUGUCGGAUUGGAAAUGGAAUGA